AUUUUGGUGCUUUCAGUUUGACGAAGAUUGACGUUUCGAUUGAAAAUAUCCACGCAUUUGCUCAAGCUCAAUUUUCGCAUCUGGUACUGUGGCUGUAAUGUAAAGAUAAAGCAUGAGUCAGGACAUGACUCAACAUCAGUACAGCUCAGAAUGCCACGGGCAGGAUACAGGAACUGGUGUAGAAGGGUUAGAUGAAGCUGCACAACUAGAAAAUGACAAGCAUUUGAUUAAAACGCACCCACUUUUUGUACUACUCGAACUAUUGUUUGAAAAAUGUGAGCGCGCCACUCGUGGUGAAGAUAAUCCAACAUCGCUGAGUUUCGAUGAUGAUAUACAGGAGUUCGUACGAAGAGAAGAUUUCAGGAUGUCCCCCAUUAUUAUUGACAACCCAGAAAUUGAUAACCUGAUGAUCAAAGCUAUCCAAGUAUUGCGAAUACAUUUACUUGAGCUAGAAAAAGUCAACGAAUUGUGCAAGGAUUUUUGCCACAGAUACAUUACCUGCUUAAAGGGGAAAAUGCACAGCGAGAACUUGUUACGAACAGAUAUGACUGGCUUUGUGGAUCCUAACACCCACAGUUUAGUUGCACAAGGAAACUCACAAUGUAUGGCUAAUACUCCAAACGCAAACGUUACAGUUAACCAACAAGGAGAGAUUGUAAUGCAAGGUGGAUUGUAUCAACAGUCAUUAUCUCCCAAUAGUCAAAUGUUAAGUCAGAGUGACAGUGGUAUUGAUGGCUCUACACCCCUUUCCCAGGUUGGGGUAUCUCCCCCAAGCUCCCAGUUACAGAUGCUUGGAACUCAGCAAUUAUUUCAUCUUCAACAUCAACCAAUACCUUCAUGUGGUUUAACUGAUGAAACUUCUGGGAGGAAAACAAAACGUGGGGUUCUUCCAAAACAAGCAACUGAGAUAUUGCGAUCUUGGCUAUUUUCCCAUAUUGUGCAUCCGUAUCCAACUGAAGAUGAAAAAAGAUCGCUCGCUACUCAAACCAACCUGACUUUGCUGCAAGUAAACAACUGGUUCAUCAAUGCUCGUCGCCGAAUCCUCCAACCGAUGCUGGAUGCGAGUAAUCCUGAUCCCUCCACUCCUCCGGCUGCGAGUCCAAAGAUUAAGAAGUCAAAACCACAAAGUGCGAGACCCACGGAACGCUUCUGGCCAAACUCCCUUUCUUUUAAUGGAGGUCAACGCAAUGAGGAACCCAAAGAUGAAACGUCAUCGCGCAUGUCCAUCGAGCGAUCAUCAUGCGCCCAACAAGCUUCCAAAAAUGAACAAUCUGACCAGACUUUGAUAUCUGACAACUUUCACCCCCCUACAAGUGACCAUUCGCCACCCAACAGUAACACAUUGGGGCAUCGUUCGCCAAAUCAUUUACACCAUUACCCACACAACGACUUAGCUCUGACGUCGUCAGCCUCCCUUGGUCUUAGUGUUGGUAACAACUGACGCUGCUAAUUUUUUCAAAUUUUAUCAAUACACAACUGUUGUGAUUUCUUAAUGCAGGCAGUAGCUUGGACUUUGUUCUGUCUUUACUUAUGUUAAAAUAUCCAUGGUGCUGGUUACUAGCCCUUUUUGUUUUAGCUCGAUCCUACUGCAUGGUGUAACAUUCACGGGUGCCAGACCGUCUGUUUGAUAUGGUACUUGUGCAUAACGCCAUGGGUGCUUAUGACUAUUGAAGUUCAUUUAUUCGUUCAUUUUUUCUUAUGCAUGCUUUUGAUUUUUUGCCGAAUAAUUUUUAGAGGUUUUACUUGAAAUAUUUGAUAAUUCUUGAUUCGAUACAGUUUCACUCACUCAGUUUUUUCCUCAAAUGUUUCAACAGUUACCUAAACAAAAAAUGAGUUAUUUUAUUGUUUUUUUUUCUGCUUUUGUCCAAGUUGAAGCGCUACAAAUACAUGAAGUAUUACAUCUAGCAAAAUGUACUUUAUGUGCCCACACGCACUUAAAAUGUUCCACUUUUUAACAGCAUGCCCGAAACUAUACUAGACUUCUCAUACACUCUUUGCAUGUUAUUCGUUAAUUUUACUGCUAUUUCUUACGGACCUGCCAAAGUUUCGUUCCAAAUUUUCUUUUUUUUAAAUUUGCCGGAGUGCUCCGUUUGUUCACAUACCGCCCAACAUACAAAAUUUGCCUUUUAAUAGAAUUGUACAAUACCAUCAAUAUAUUAUUAAAUAUGUAGCAAGUUUCUCAUGAGUUUUUCAAGAAAUAUCUGGUGUUACGAAAACAUAACAGAUAAAAAUCAUAUCUAAGCAAUUGCAUAAUAAAAAAUAUAUAUUUCA